AAAGUAGGGGGGAGGGAGGAGGACCUGGACUGCUUGACUUUUCAGGUUAAAAAGCCAUGCAACAGACCAGGCUCAAUCUAGAUCAUUUCUGUUCUGUUCUUCUACAGCUUCAAAGCUAACCAACCAUGGCAAGUUUGUUGAACCCCUUGCUGCCCCUGUUUACCGCUUUGGCCCUGACACUGGCCCUGGCUGUGAUCCCUGCAGCCAGUACUAAUGCUGAAGCCAAGAAGGUGGCAGUAGGUGGUGUGGAGCCAGCCGACCCUAAGGAUCAGGAGGUGCAGAAAGUGAUAAACUUUGCUGUUAGGACCUACAAUGAUAUGGACAAUGACCUGUACCUUAGCAGGCCAAUACAAGUGAUGAGCGCCAACCAGCAGGUUGUGGCUGGGAAGAACUACUACUUGAAAAUUGAGCUAGGCCGAACCACAUGUACCAAAGCUGAGUCUAAUUUAGCUGAUUGUCCCUUCAAUGAACAGCCAGAUCAGCAGAACAGAGUCAUCUGUAAUUUCCAGAUCAACAUUGUACCUUGGCUGAACAAGAUGUCCAUGACAAAUUUCAACUGUUACAAUGCCUGAGGAUAUAUGUCAGGCUUCACUUCUACUGAUUAUCCCUUACUCUUACUCAAAUUUCUACUUAAGUUCUCCUUUCCUCACACAGACAUCUUAGUCCCAAAGGAUGUCUCUUGAGAGUGUUAGCACCAAGAGAAAACUAGAGAUAGGCCCUGCACACCUAAGUGGCAGUUCCCUUGUUCUUUUCUUCUACUUGCUUUUCAAAUAUAAUACUGUGAAGCCUACUGUUCAUCCUUUGCUCAAUAAAAAAUAGCAAUA